UUGCUCCUUCCUCUGGUUAGGUCGGGGCAGUCAUGCUUCCAAAUUAGACUUCAAUUUUGAUUUCUUGCAAUCGCAUCAGAGCUCAAUCUAUCUCUUUCCUCGCAAUUUCAGAAGCUUCCUUCCUCAUAGAUCUCAUAUAUCUGUAUAUAUACGCACGCGUAUAUAUAUAUAGAAUUGUCCCUGCAACCUUGUCACAAACCUAGAAUUGUCAACCGAGGCCUCUUGAUCCCGACAGUGAAUCAACCGAUCCAAGGAUGUUCAACGGAAUGGAUCCUGAGUUGUUCAGGCUCGCCCAGGAGCAGAUGAGUCGCAUGUCGCCUGCCGAGAUGGCGAGGAUUCAAGAGCAGAUGAUGUCGAAUCCUGAAUUGAUGAGGAUGGCCUCUGAAAGCAUGAAGACCAUGAGGCCGGAAGACCUGAGACAUGCUGCAGAGCAGCUGAAGCACGUGCGACCUGAGGACAUGGCUGAGAUUAGUGAGAAGAUGGCUAAUGCUAGUCCGGAAGAGAUAGCGGCCGUUCGUGCUCGGGCGGAUGCCCAGAUGAGCUAUGAAUUGAGUGCAGCUGAAAUGCUUAAGAAAGAGGGUAACCAGCUUCACAGCCAGGGGAAAUUCCAUGAUGCCUUGCAGAAAUAUUUACUUGCAAAGAAGAACUUGAAAGGCAUUCCAUCCUCCAAAGGCAAAACACUACUGCUGACCUGCUCUCUUAACUUGAUGUCAUGCUACCUGAAAACAAGGCAGUACAAUGAUUGCAUAAAAGAAGGCACAGAGGUUUUGGCAUAUGAUGCAAAGAAUGUUAAAGCUCUUUAUCGGAGAGGUCAAGCAUUUAAGGAAUUGGGUCAACUACAAGAUGCAGUCUGUGAUCUGGGCGAGGCACGCAAAAUUUCCCCUGACGAUGAAACUAUUGCAGAAGUAUUAAGGGAUACUGAGAAACUUUUGGCUACACAAGGUGGGGGGCGCGCAUCAAGAGGAUUGGUAAUUGAGGAAAUAACUGAAGAAGAUGAGGCCGCGUCUUCUACAAGUCAUCUGAAUCCAUUGGUAGAGGAGCAUCCAGGGAAGAAGCCCAAGGAGACCAAGAAUGAUGACAAGAGUCGAAGUGGCAGCAGCAGCAUGGCGUCUAUGUCAAAUUCGGAAAGCUUGCAAGCUUUGAAAGAUGACCCUGAUGCUAUGAGGUCAUUCCAGAAUUUCAUUUCCAAGGCUGAUCCCAAUACUAUGGCUGCAAUGGGUGCUGGAAAUGCGGGAGAGGUCUCCCCCGAAAUGCUCAAGACUGCAUCGAAUAUGAUCAGCAAGAUGUCCCCUGAGGAACUUAAAAAGAUGCUUCAUUUGGCCUCCUCAUUUCAAGGGGACGAUCCAUUUGGUAGCGGUGGUUCCUCAAGUGGCAGUUCUAGCGGCUUUAGGCCCGGGUCCAUUCCAGAUGUGUCACCUGACAUGCUAAAAACAGCAACGGAUAUGAUGAGUAACAUGCCACCGGAGGAGCUUCAAAGAAUGUUUGAGAUGGCGUCUUCUUUGAGAGGGAAGGACCCCUCCAUGCCAUCAGCUUCUGAAAGACCUACUUCUAGCUCUAAUUUGAAUCUCCCUGAUGACGAGGAAGUGUCAACCAUCAGCAGGAAUCAUGUUUCGGGUGAAACACGCUCUUCUGCCCGUGGAUCUUCGAGUUUGAGAAGUGGCUUUCCUCCUCAGUCCAACUUUCCAGCCUCCUCUGCUGAUCUACAGGAGCAGAUGAGGAACCAAAUGAAAGAUCCAGCAAUGCGACAGAUGUUUACAUCUAUGUUCAAGAAUAUGAGUCCGGAAAUGAUGGCUAAUAUGGGUGAGCAGUUCGGCUUUAAGCUUUCGAAAGAAGAUGCAGCGAAGGCCCAGCAAGCAAUGUCUUCCUUAUCACCGGAAGACCUCGAUAGGAUGAUGCAUUGGGCAGACCGUAUUCAAAGAGGAGUUGACACGGCGAAGAAGACAAAGAACUGGUUGCUUGGACGACCCGGCAUGAUUCUCGCCAUAUGCAUGCUAAUCUUGGCAGUAAUCCUCCAUCGCCUCGGCUAUAUUGGGUAGCUUCAGCCUCAGGAAGCGAAACUCCGCCAUCGAUUAGUUCAAAGUCCCGAUCUCCCUGACAGUGAUAACGGCAGUGAAGGUUAAUUAUGCACGGGUGGAUGGAACAUCUAUGCCCGUCAAACUUUUAUGGUAGUUACUGAUCUGGGUCUAGAGAUAUGGUUGGCCUUUUCUUGGUAUAAACUGAGCUCGGGCUGUAUGGAUUUUUUAUUUUUUAUUUUGUAUUUAAAAAGAAAAACAUGAGCAAAUUUUUCCCGACUGCAUGGUGAUGAGUUCAAGAGCGUGAUAUAUGUGGUCGCGACGAGCCGAAUGUCUCGUCAUCAAUGAGAACCUAUCAAUCGUGAACUAUCCCUAACGAGGUAUUCUCUUUGGCAA